UUGAUGCAACUUGUCUGGGGUUGACACUUCUAACCACGCCAGGCCUGCUAGUAAGUUUUGACCAUGGCCCAAGAGUAUACCCACUUUAUAUAGAAUACUCAGAUUUUUUACUAAUAUAAAAAGGAAGCAACUAUUUCUUCUUCCUAAAAUCUCUUAAUUCUCUCUCCCUGUUUCUUCUCCACAAAGAUUUCUCCGACAAACUCCUGUUUUUCAGAAGUGCCAAAUAUUUCUUAAGAAAGUAGUUAAACAGACUGCAUUUUCAUCAAAUUUGAGAAAAUUAGAGAACAGUUUUAGGUGAAAUUGAAGUUGUAUUUUGGGAUUUCACGGAGAUUAAUGGCGGGAAACAUGACGGAAGAGUUAACAACUGAAAGUGGAAACUCAUUCACAGCUCUUCUCGGGCUUCCACCAAAUCAAGCUGUGGAGUUACUACACGAACCAGAAUUAAGUCAGAAUCAACUGAUUUUCGCCAUGGAAACCAAUGAAGAUAUGCAGAAAGGGAAGUUGAAUCAAAGUUAUAAUACUGAUUGUUCUUCAAUGUUCAUCACGAGCUCAGAUCUUGUUGAACGAGCAUCAAGGUUUUCAAUCUUUACCAAAAAUGAAGAAGAAAUUUCUGCAACGAAUUUCGCUGUUUCUUCAAAUUCAUGCGAAUUGAAGAAAGAACCAAUUGAUACAGAUUCAAACCCUGAUUCACCACUCGUGUUUUCCGAUUCAUCAAUUAAGAAGAGAUCAUCAACAAAGAGAAAAGAAAGAGAGAAAAUAAAGGCUAAAGUUUGUGGUGGAAAGAGCAAAGACAAGGAAAUUUCUGAAAAGGAAGAAGCAGAUUGCAAGAAACUUCCUUAUGUUCAUGUUAGAGCUCGUCGAGGACAAGCCACUGACAGCCAUAGCUUAGCUGAAAGAGCAAGAAGAGAGAAAAUUAAUGCAAGGAUGAAGUUGCUGCAAGAACUGGUCCCUGGAUGCACUAAGAUAACAGGUACAGCAUUAGUGCUCGACGAGAUAAUAAACCACGUCCAGUCUCUUCAGCGUCAAGUUGAGUUUCUAUCGAUGAAGCUUGCUACAGUUAGUCCAAGAAUGGACUUCAGCCUCGAAAGCCUAUUGUCAUUACAAAGUGGAGGAAGUUUAACUGCUAGUAGCUUUCCAAGUACAUUUACUUCUGACCCUUCAUCAUGGCCGGAUUUAAUCCAUAUCAUGAAUAACAACAGUAGUUCUACUACCACUGGUACCAGAGGAGGAGGAACAGAACAUCAAUUUCAGUAUGAUCAUGAUCAACAACAUCAGAAUCAGCUACUUCAACAACACCAAUAUUUAUGGCAUCCUGAUAUGUUGCAACAGCAACCACCAGUUUGGGAAAGAGACGGUAAUCAAAGCUUUGCCACAAGUCCUGAUAACUCUGUUUACAGUAGUUACAACCCCACAAAUUCAGUGGUUUUUCGACAUGGGGUGCCCGACCAGUUGAAAAUGGAAAUUUGAAGUUGAAAUUAUUAGCUAGCAUUACUAUACAGCAGUAUAUUUUUUAGCAUUGUACAUAUCAGGCACUAUAUAGAGAGUUUAAAUAUUACAAGGGUUAGUGUAGAUUUUGUAUCUCCAGUUCUCCACCGUGCAUUACAGGCUUUAGAGUUUCCAACUAAUUGUCUGGCACCAUAUUGGCAGAACGAAGCAGUUAGAAGAAAACUUGAUAAAUUUGGUUUCUAUUAUAUGUCUAGCUAGGUAUAUAAUAUAUACACUAACCCAUUUGUGUGAUUCAGUUGAUAUACUUCUCCUUGGGUUCAGCUUGAAAGAGCAAAUAUAAAACUGAUUCAUCUUAUUGUAAGACAUUGAUCGAACAAGUUUAUGUAAUGUAAUUUGUUAUUUCCUUAUCUGGUGUAA